UUUUUUAAAUAUGAAGAAAGGAGACCUGAUAUAGAUAUCUGACUCUUACUUCUCUCUGUUCUUCAAGUGAUCUGAACACCCUGACUCUGAAACUAUACCCACUUAAAAUGAGAUUCGGGAGACAACAGUGGUCAACUGCAUCUCUGCUGAUAUUGAUGGUGAAAGUCAUCAGUGGACACACACUCAAAUGUCAACCGGCUGAGUAUCAGAUACGAGAUGAAUGCUGUCCACUAUGUCCUGCUGGAAGUCGAGUUAAGACAGAUUGUAAAGUGGAUAGAAGUACAUCCUGUCUGCCCUGUUUGUCUGGAACCUACAUGGAUCAUCCCACUGGACUUAAAAAAUGCUUAAUUUGCACAAACUGUGAUAAAGGUUCUGGUCUGAAAACGAAGAAGCCAUGUACAAUAACAUCAGACACAGUUUGUGAACCACUGGAAGGAUUUUACUGUGCGAAGUCUUCAGAUAACGACUGUGAUGUGGCGAAGAAACACAGAAGCUGUGAACCAGGACAAUACAUCAGUAAGAAAGGAACCGCAUCCUCUGACUCUGAGUGCUCUGACUGCAGUGAUGGAACCUUCUCAGAUGGAUCAUUUACAUCCUGUCGACCACACACACAGUGUGAAUCAGACCUUCAGGUGUUAAGACAAGGAACAGCUUCAGCUGAUGCUGAGUGUGGAGAAGAAGAUUUGAAGAAGAAAACAAUUUGGAUAAUAUUAUCGGUUGUUGUAUUUCUUGCCUUAAUAGUAUGUACAGUUUUCUUUGUUAGGUGGAAGAGGAAGAGAAAAAGGUAAGAUUUUUCUUUAAUGGAUGAACAUACCUCAGAUACUUUACUUAAAACCUUGUACCAAACAGUUGAUGUGCUAAAGCUGUCUUUUUCUUAUUGCGCCUGAUUUUUAGGUU